AUGAGUAAUCAGACCGCCAUCAAAGAAUUUCUCCUCCUGGGAUUUGGGAGUCUCCAUGGGUUACGGUUUUUCCUUUUUGGAAUAUUUCUGGGAAUCUAUGUAGUGACCUUGCUGGGGAAUAUCCUCAUCCUUACAGUCAUUUCCAGUGACCACAGCCUCCAAACGCCCAUGUACUUCUUUCUGUUCAAUUUCUCCUUCCUUGAGAUCUGGUAUACUACAUCCAUUGCCCCCAAGAUGCUGCAGCUCCUUCUCUCUGCUCCUAGAGCUAUUUCUUUUGCAGCCUGUGUGGCCCAGUUUUAUUUCUUCGGUUCCAUGGCAGUAGUUGAGUGCUUUCUGCUGGCAGCCAUGUCUUACGACCGCUACCUUGCUAUCUGCAGCCCGCUCCGGUAUUCAGCCCUAAUGAACAUCCGCACAUGUGUCCUGUUUGCAGGUGGGUCUUGGUUGGGUGGUUUCUUAACUCCUGUGGCCACUGUCACUAUGACUUUCCAAUUGCCAUUCUGUGCUACCUAUGAGAUUGACCACUUCUUCUGUGAUCUGGCCCCUGUGCUGAAGCUGGCUUGCUCUGAUCUUGAGACAGUGGAAAAAACUACUUUCCUCAUGGCUUCCUUUGUCACUAUGGUGCCUUUCCUGCUCACCAUAGCCUCCUAUAUCUACAUCGUGGCUGCUGUGCUCAGGAUACCUUCAUCUUCAGGAAAACAACGGGCCUUCUCCACCUGCUCCUCUCACCUCAUUGUUGUAACGCUAUACUAUGGAACACUGGGGACAGUGUAUGCCAUUCCCACAGCAACUCAGACUGCUUCUCUACACAAGAUCUUCUCGUUACUCUACACUGUGAUCACCCCCAUGAUCAACCCCAUCGUGUACAGCCUGAGAAACAAGGAUGUUAAAAAGGCAACGAGGAGACUUUUAAGCAAUUGGGUAUACACCAAGAUCUAA